UUCACCUCGCCAUCACAUUUUUUCCCUUUGCGUGACACACAAUUCUUCUCCUCGUUCCUCUUCCUCGCAUGAAAACAAAAACAGAGUUCCAGACAAAUUAUAAACCUUUGAAUUGUGUGCCUCUCUGCUGAUCAAAUCUUGGCUGUUCAUUCAGUCUCUUGACAGCCUGACAUAUGGCGUAUGUUCUCGCCACGUGGCAGUGGAAGUCGGCCACAUUUCCCGGCCACGACCGUCUUAUAUAAAAUAAAAGGCGACAGCCGCAGCCUCCGAUAGAGCUCUGCGUUAUCAAGAAGAAGAAGACCCAACAACGUUGCCAUCAAUGGAAGCUGCCUCUUUCUUGAAUACCCGUCUCCCAAUCUCGGGUGCCCCGGCUGCCCCGAGCAAGAUCAAGAACUUGGUUCAGGCUCCGAGUCCGUCCUUGGUAAAGCUCAGGGGGCGGCCAAAGGCAGUAGUGGCUGCCAGGUGCGUGGCCCCAAGCGGGGGCUCGGUCGUGGGGGUGGAGAGGGAGCUGGUGGUGGAGGGGGAGGAGAUGGGGAGGUGGGUGGAGAAGUGCGGUGGCCAGGGGGUGGUGGAGCUGCUGGAGUGCUUAGAGAGGGAAGCGAUCAUGGGGGAAGAUGAAGGGAAAGAGCCCCAUGACUAUAACAGGAGGGCCAGGAUCUUCGAAAAGAGCUCCCGGGUCUUCCGAGCCCUCCGUGAAGGCGAGGCGGCGCCCUCUCCCGGACCCUCAUAAAUAUUCCUCCCGGCAACGCGUCCCAUGAAAAUACAACUAAUAUCGACCGUUAGAUGUGAGGAUAGCAAUGGCUUCCACGGAAAAUCCCAGUGUUCUAGGAAGUCGAAAGAACUUGCCAUUACGAUCACGUACACACGAAACUUGAUCCUUUCAAGUGCUAACCUACUUGUCUCCUGUCGCUGUGGUGUUCGUUUUUCGCUAGAGCUAGCCGAUAUGUCUGCUCAGGUCGGUUUAGAACUGUGAAUGUUAAUGUAAUUUGCUCUGUUUUCGGGGUUUAUGAUGUAAUCCAGCAAACAUACGAUGCUGCGGCAUAACGUUAACAAAUAUCGAAGAAUUUAUGUAGUACCUUAAUGAUGUUGUUCCUUAAUGACAGCCGCGUGCACGGCAUCAUCGGUUUGAAUUUUUAUUGGCGUAAUUUGAAACUUUCGGGGAA